AUGGCGGCGGGGCCGAGGCGGCUGCUGGAGGCCGCGGUGAUGGCCGCGGUGGUGGCCGCGGUGAUGGGCUCCGCCGAGCCCCGCGUCUACCUGAGCAGCUGGGCCGUGAGGGUGGCAGCGGGGCCGAGGGGGGCCCAGGGCCUGGCCCGGCGGCACGGGCUGCUCUGCCUGGGCCAGGUGAUGGAGGGAGAGCCUUAUUACCAUUUCAAACACCGAGGCACGAGGCAGAAAGCCUUAAGCAGGCACUGGGGCUGGAAUAUGCGCCUGGCAAAAGAGCCAAAGGUCCUCUGGUUUGAGCAGCAAAGCGUAAAGAGGCGCACAAAGAGAAGCAUCAGUGUGGUGCCAACAGAUCCCUGGUUCCACAAGCAGUGGUACAUGAAUAAUGACGUUAAUCCCGACCUGAACAUCCUCACUGCUUGGAGCAAAGGGUACACGGGGCUGGGGGUCGUGCUGACCAUCCUGGACGAUGGCAUCGAGAAGGAUCAUCCAGACCUGUCUGCCAACUAUGACCCUCUGGCAAGUUACGAUUUCAACAGCAAUGACCCUGAUCCCCAGCCCAGGUACAGCACCGGGGAAGAGAACUGGCAUGGAACACGCUGUGCGGGAGAAGUGGCAGCUGCAGCCAACAACCAGCUCUGUGGAGCAGGCGUUGCGUACAAGGCCAGCGUUGGAGGCGUGCGGAUGCUGGAUGGCCCCAUCACAGACAUGGUGGAGGCUCAGUCCCUCAGCCUGCAUUCCCAGCACAUCCACAUCUACAGUGCCAGCUGGGGCCCCAAGGAUGACGGGAAGACCGUGGACGGGCCAGGCGUGCUGGCUGCAGCAGCCUUCCACAGAGGGGCCAGCAAAGGACGGGGUGGUCUCGGCUCCAUCUUCAUUUGGGCCUCUGGCAACGGUGGGAUCAACUAUGACAACUGCAACUGCGAUGGGUACGCCAACAGCAUCUACACCCUGUCAGUGGGCAGCGUUCUGGCUGGCGGCCAGAGGCCCUGGUACAGCGAGGGUUGCUCUGCCAUCCUCACCACCACCUACAGCAGCAGGACCACGAGCAAGGUGCAGAUUGUAACCACGGACCUGCACCACCGCUGCACGGACAAGCACACGGGCACCUCUGCCUCAGCCCCACUGGCUGCAGGAAUCGUUGCCCUCGCGCUGCAGGCCAACCCAGCACUGACCUGGCGUGACCUGCAGCAUCUUGUCAUCAGGACCUCCAAACCCGCUCACCUGCAGGCAGAAGACUGGGCUACGAAUGGGGCCGGACGCAAGGUGAGCCACCACUACGGCUACGGGCUCCUGGAUGCUGGGCUGCUGGUGGAGAUGGCCAAGGCAUGGACAGGAACUCAGCCUCAGCGGAGGUGCUCAGUCAAGGCUCUUCACGGACCCUGGAACAUUGGCUCCAAGCUCACCGUCCCUACAGAUGUUUUCUGCUCUGGGAGAACCAAGCGCAUCCGCUCCCUGGAGCACGUCCAGGUCCAGCUCUCUCUGAGCUACAGCCGCAGGGGGGACCUGGAGAUCACCCUGACCAGCCCGAUGGGGACCACGUCCACACUGGUGACCGUGCGCCCGUACGACACCAGCCAGCAGGGCUACAAGGACUGGACCUUCAUGUCCACGCACUUCUGGGACGAGAACCCAAAUGGGACCUGGACACUUCAGCUCGAGAACAAGGGCGAUGCCUAUAACACAGGUUUCCUGACCAGCUUCAUCCUGCACCUCUAUGGCACAGCUGAGGACAUGUCAGCCCGGCGCCUUGCAGCCUCUACCACGGACAAGUGCAUCAGGCGGGAUGCACAGGGAGCAUGCAAAGAGUGUGGCAGCUCCUUGUUCGCCCACCAGCGCUCCUGCCUGUCCUACUGUCCCCCACGCUACUACAGCCAGAACGCAGGCACAGCCCGUGUGUGUGCCAGCUGCCACCCCUCGUGCUACACGUGCCAGGGGCCAUCUGCCAACAACUGCACUGCCUGUCCCUCUGCCGGCACCUUCGAUGAGCUCGCACGCUCCUGCUCCUCCUCUCCAGGCCUCCCCUCCGAGCAGGGGCUGCAGAGCGACCUGCUCCCUGUCCUCAUCUGCAGCAGCCUGCUCCUCUCAGCCAUCCUCUAUGGCACGUACCGUGUGGCCUUCUGCGUUGUGAAAGGUACCUCCUGCCGUCGCUGGGUUGGAAGGACAGCGUGAGACCAGCCUGGGCUGCACGGACACGA